AUGCCCUCAACCGGCGCGGAACGUGGACCGGCCAGCGAUGAGGAGCAACCGCUGCUAGGGCACCACACGAAGCUGAGGUUCCCAUCUUUAAAUCUUCAGCAUUGGUAUUCGCACUCGCAUAGUCGUGAGCAGUGGACUCUCCAGAAUACCAAGCAGAAGGUUGCGGAAUUUCUCUCCUCAAAAUAUGGCCACUACUCUGUCCUUACCCUGGUGUCUCUUGAUGUUCUGAGCAUGAUUGCUGAUUUUAUUCUCAAACUCUUCAAAUGUGAGCAGGAAAAAAGCGGAGCCGAUUGGGACUUGGCUUUGGAUGUUCUGGGCUCCAUGAGCUUGGUCUUCUCGUGUCUCUUCAUGCUUGAAUUAAUUGCUUCCGUUUGGGCAUUUGGUUGGGGUUAUUUUAAAUCCUGGUUCCACCGCUUUGACGCAUUUAUCGUUGUCGCGGGUUUCAUCAUCGACGUUGUCCUGGUUGGUAUCAUAGAGGAGAUUGCCUCUUUGAUCGUCGUCAUGCGUCUCUGGCGAGUCACGAAGAUCGUCGAGGAACUCAGCCUUGGUUCUCAGGAGCAAACCGAAGAUUUGAAGUGCGAGAUGGAUGAACUGAGGGAGGAGAAUGAAAUGCUGAAGAAGGAAAUUUCACGUUUGAGGACGACUGAAGAGGGUGCAAGUCCUUAG